AGCAGGUUUGGCGGGAAUGAGAAGCUGAGAGGACGUUAACGAUGCCUGUUCUGAACCUGACGGGAGACUCUGCCCCUGAUCCUUCACUUGCCCCCUCUAUCUUUCCAUCCUCCUCUUUCUCUUCCUCUUUCUCUCUUCCUUCACUCUCCUCCAUCCCUUACUCCUCCCUCUACCCCCCCUCCCUCCCUCCAUCCCUCUCCUCCUCCCUCUCUCCCUCUAACUGCUCGCUCGUCCCCUCCCCCUCCUCCCCUCCCUAUAACUUCUACGCGGUGCUGCUGGUGCUGCUGAUCUUCUGUGUGGUGUUCGGGAAUGUUCUGGUGUGCAUGGCCGUGUCCAGGGAGAAGUCACUCCAGACCACCACCAACUACCUCAUCGUCUCCCUGGCUGUGUCUGACCUGCUGCUGGCCACGCUGGUCAUGCCCUGGGGCGUCUACUUGGAGGUUGUCGGUGAAUGGAGGUUCAGCCGAAUCCACUGUGACAUCCUCCUCACUCUGGACGUCAUGAUGUGCACGGCCAGCAUCCUCAACCUGUGUGCCAUCAGCAUCGACAGGUACACGGCUGUUGCCAUGCCGAUGCUGUAUAACACACGGUACAGCUCCAGAAGGAGGGUGGCUCUGAUGAUUGCAGUGGUUUGGUUUCUCUCCUUCGCUAUCUCCUGCCCCCUGUUGUUCGGACUCAAUAACACAGCGAGUCUGGAGGGAAAGGACUGCAGCUUUGCUGACCCGGCCUUUGUGGUCUACUCGUCUGUGGCCUCUUUCUACGUUCCCUUCAUCGUGACCCUGCUGGUGUAUGCACAGAUCUGCGUGGUGCUGCGCAGACGAGGCCGACGGACAGCACCACCCCGCAGACAUGGCCUGCGCUCUGAGCCUGCAGAUGCUCUCCGACAGCACAAGAAUAAAUGCACUCAUCCUGAAGAUGUAAAACUCUGCACUCUGAUCGUGAAGCCUCCUGCAGUGCCACCCCAGCGCAAGAAAGUGACGCUGGUGAAGGAGGCGAUGGUCCACCCCCUGGAGGCGGAGCCUGUGUGCUUUCAGCAGCAGCAGGCUAAAAUCUCCCUCUCCAUCUCUGUGGCGCCCAGCCCCGCCCCCCCAUGCCCCGCCCGGUCUGCCCUACAGGACGGCACACACACAAGGCCAGGAUGGAGGGAGCGGGCCGGAGAGAGAGAGAGAGAGAAGGGCGGAGUGGUGAAGGAGAGAGUGAGGGGACGACUGUCUCAGCAGAAGGAGAGGAAAGCGACCCAGAUGCUAGCCAUCGUUUUAGGUGUGUUUAUCAUCUGCUGGCUGCCAUUCUUCCUGACCCACGUGCUGAAGGCCCACUGUGGCAGCUGCUGCAUUUCCCCCUCGCUCUAUAGCGCUGUCACCUGGCUAGGGUACCUAAACAGCGCUGUGAACCCCGUCAUCUACACCACCUUCAACAUCGAGUUCCGCAAGGCCUUCAUCAAGAUCCUGCACUGCUGAACUGGAGGGAAAGACAGAGAGAGAGAGCGAGAGAGAGGAACCACAGAGGAGCAGCAGGCUCACUGAGGAGGCCCCAAAGGUGAACACGAACACUGGAAUGAAGAAGAGGAGACAUGUAGAGACAGAAGAACAGAGAAGACAGUGAGAAAUCGAUAUUGGAGGUGUAAAGUGAUAUACUUCAAAAUCUGGAGUAUAUUGUAGGCAACAUGUUCCAUGUUGUGAUUUUUUUUGUGGGAAAACUGGAGACACGAACAUGGACAUAAUCAGCAACACUGACUUCCCCUGUGAGACAGAACUGAAGCCACAGCCUGUGGAGAUCUAGAGAGCAUCAAGCAGCAGGAUUGAAUACGGAUGGAAUAAAGCCCAAAAAAGUUUGCUUAGGACACAUGGCUGGAAAUUCGGGAUGAAAUUCAGGAGUUCGGGAUGAAGCCAUGCUGUGUUUACUGUACAUUCAGUUACUUUUCUUAUGGAACUUCUAACAGACGAUGUAAAAUAAUAAUACACAUAUUAAACACAGUGUUCAAAUAACUUGGCAAGCCUGUAUAUGAAGGUUAUGUUUUUUCAUUUUUUAAUUUCUUUGACAGAUGUUUUUUUUUUCCAGAGACAUUUUUUGCCAUAAAAAUAUUGGGAAUGUCAGAUAUUUAAAAAAGAUUUCUGCAUGUCAGAUUUUGUGAUUUUAGAUGAUCGUCGGUAAACAAAACACAAAAUGGUAUAGCUAUUGAUUUCACCCAUCAGCUGUAAUUUAUCGUUGCUUUGAUUAAACGUUUUGGUGGUCAGAAAGGGUCUAUCUGUGAUCUCUCAGCUCUCUUAAAGUGGUUCAUACGUACCUGCUGUAAACAGCCUUUAACCCUCACAGCAGCCAGAAAAUGCUAUUUCCACCUGUUUUGGUUAAAUUAUGUGUUUUUUCUCAAAUAAUGGAACGCAUUCAGAAA